GGGGACUCCUUUCGCAUGUGUUGCGCAGCUAAGUUUCUAGUCUUUCUUCGUUCUGUUGGAUCAGUCUGAUGGCAACGUGCUGGGAUGGAGCCUACUCUCCCGAUUCUAAAGCAAUGGCGAUGCAUAGAGCAGCUAAGGCUGGUGACACGAGCAGUGUGUUGUCCUACAUUGCGGAAGGUACAGACGUCGAUGCUCGGGAUAGCUUGGAAGCUACCUGCUUGUACUGGGCCGUCAGUAAACAUCAUGAAAAUCUUGUGGCUGCUUUGCUGGAUCGAGGAGCAGAUGCUAAUGCAAAAACCAAAUGGGGAUCGACCGCUUUACACGCGGCUUCAGACCGUGGAUUUUUGAAAAUGGCGGAGACGCUGUUAGAGUAUGGGGCGAGCUCCAACAUUGUCAACGGCAAUGAGGAUACGCCACUUCAUAUGGCCUGUAUGAGGGGCCACUUGGCUGUGAUACGUCUGUUGGUGCUGAACGGUGGAGCUGAGUUGACUGCUAGGAAUCAGCAGGGUAGAACACCACUGGCUGAGGCAGACAGCAAUGAGAUGAUCGAGGCAGCAUCCUUCCUCAAGGCAAUGAUGGAAAAUGCAAACAGACGUCAAGGGUUGGCACCAGUUGCAAUGCCAGUUACUUGUGAACCGAUGACUGAAUCAAUGGGCCACAUAUCACUUGAAGAGCAAUCAGAUAAAUCUGGGCAAUUUCAGCAUGGCCGAAUUAGCAACGAAAAAUUUGAAGUGGCAAAAACUGCAGAGACCAAAAUUCAGCCUACUUCAGCACCUAAAGAAAACAGUUUGCAUAGAGAGAAGUUUGAAAUACUUCGUCUUGAUCAUCAGCGAUUGGUGCAAGAGAAGGCACAAGUUGAAGAGGAGCUAAGAAUAACUAAAGGUGACUGUCAAGCAGUAAGGCAAAAGCUGAAGUUUUGUCAGACAAGACUAGAAGAAACUUCUACCGAAAGUGAAGAACUUCGAAAACAAACAGCAUCUCUUACAUUGCAGCUGCAUGCUGGAAUGACCAAACCUAAAGUGAAGAGCAAAGUAGUGUUAUCACAGGGUGCAGCAGGACAAAGCAGUCGAAUGGUAUUACAGCCAGCAAUGUUUGCUGGGUUACUGGAAGCAGUGUCUGUUGAGAAGUUUCAAGUAGCUCAGGGACUGCUUGCAUCAUGCAUUAAACUAUUCGAAAUGCCAUAUGAAAGCCUGCGACAGACUCUGACUACAAAAGCUGGUCAUCAGUGGGAGCUAAACAAAGAUUUUGAAAUAAUUGGUGAUGGUCCGUUUAAUCGAAAACUUGAUGGUCUGUUAGAAGGCAGCUGUAGUUUAGUAUUUCGUAUUCGACAUGUGAAAUUUGGAGUUCUUGUGCUCAAGAUGAUGAAUAAUCUCAUCAACAUGCUGCAGAGCAGUCAUGGUGUUGGAUUCAGUGGAACACCUUGGCUACGUGCCCAGUUUGGUGCUGAACAUGAUGUACCCCUCACUCUUCCACCAUCCCCCUAUGUCCUUCCUGUUAUACACCACUAUCAAGGGUCAACUGCAUCAUUUCAUCAAUACUUGAAGUUCUUAGUUCCCCAACAGUUUGAUGUACCAUUGGAAAUGGCAAGUACAACCACAUUCCUUGUAAUGCCUGAGUAUGAGACUACAUUAGAAAAAUGGAUCAUUGAACAGAAGAGACAAUACUCAAUUCCACCAUUUGGUGUGGAAGAAUGGGAGUACCUUCUAAUCAUUUACCAACUUCUCUGUGGCAUUCAUCAUUUAAUCACUAAUAGUGUUGUCCAUCGUGAUCUAAAAGCAUCAAAUAUAUUAAUGUCUGGCUGGGAAGUGGUCAUUGCUGAUUUUGGUUUUGCUAGACGUGUUAUCAAGUCUGCUAACUCUGCUUGCCAGUCACAUGACAAGCAUAAACAAAUAGAGAGUGGAUAUGGAUUGGAUGCAAAUAAUGCUGCUGUAAGCAGGACUAAUAGUUUGUCAUCUCUCCCAGUGCAAAGACAACAACUAAAACCAACAGCUGCUGUUGAGUUUGUUGAAAAAACACAGGUGUUUGCAGGUAAUGCUCAUGCUUGGGCACCAGAGCUUGCACGAUGGAGCCGCUCAGGCCCUCCAAAUACGGCAACGACACAACUGACUUUACUGGAUAUAUAUGCCAAAUCUGAUACCUUUGCAAUUGGCAGGAUGUUUUUCAAUCUCCUGAGAGAACCUCCUAGCAGCAGUCCCAACAGCAAUUCCUGGAAUGAUGAAUUUCCUGGCUCUUCGAUGGCCAAACCUCAUUACAGUAACAGUGAAAUACCAGAAUUGCCAUCAUGCUAUUCGAAUUCUCUUCACAGCCUUUUGAAAAAUAUGGUCUUAAACGAACCAUCUGCACGGAAAGAGACACUAACAUUGAUCCAUGUUGUCGGCCUGAUGUUGUGGGGACCUCCUAGUAACACACCACUCAUGUCUGUCGAUGACUGCUGUCAGUGGAUUCUCAAAGAACAGUUGGAGAUGGCUAUGUGUGAAGACAACGACUACUCCAGUUUGUCACUGGCGGGACAGUCUCUUACCUCACGACAGUUCAGUAUAGAGCUAAAGAAGCGUUUCGUUUGUGAAGCCCAACCUCAAGUUCUGUGGAAUGCUUUCAAAACUCUUGCAUUGUUUUCUAGUUGUGUCUAGCUUUUUUAAAAUAGUCCAUUGAUCAUGCUAAGUCAUUAUCAUUGAGCAUAGCUGCCAU